AUGGCUGACAAUUCCAUCAAGAUCUUCACUGGCAAUUCGCAUCCUGAACUUGCCAAGUUGGUGGCCAACCGUAUUGGUAUUGACUUGGCCAAGGUCGUGGUGGCCAAGUACUCCAACCAGGAGACCUCUGUGACGAUUGGCGAGUCGGUGCGUGAUGAAGACGUAUUCAUUAUUCAGUCGGGUUGCGGUGAAAUCAAUGAUAAUUUGAUGGAACUCUUGAUUAUGAUCAAUGCCUGCAAAACCGCCUCGGCUCGUCGUAUCACCGCCGUGAUUCCUUGCUUCCCCUAUGCUCGUCAGGAUAAGAAGGAUAAGAGCCGUGCUCCCAUCACUGCCAAAUUGACGGCCAAUAUGUUGACCGUGGCCGGAGCCGAUCAUGUUAUCACCAUGGAUCUUCACGCUUCCCAAAUUCAAGGUUUCUUCAACAUUCCUGUCGAUAACCUCUACUGCGAACCACCCAUGAUCAAGUAUAUUUGCACCAAGAUCGAUAACUGGAAGAAUGCCAUUAUUGUUUCUCCCGAUGCUGGUGGUGCCAAACGAGCUACUUCCAUUGCUGAUCGUUUAAACCUUGAUUUUGCUUUGAUUCACAAGGAGAGAAAGAAGGCCAACGAGGUGUCUCGUAUGGUGUUGGUGGGUGAUGUACGGGAUAAGAUUGCUAUUUUGGUGGAUGAUAUGGCCGAUACCUGUGGUACUCUUGGACUGGCGGCCAAGACAUUGGUUGAAAAUGGCGCCGAGAAGGUCUAUGCUAUUGUGGCUCACGGUAUCCUGUCCGGCAAGGCGAUCAAGGUUAUCAAUGAAUCGGUCAUUGAAAAGCUGGUUGUUACCAACACCAUUCCUCAUGAAGAUAAAAUGGCGAUAUGUCCCAAGCUUGAUAUCAUUGAUAUUUCUCCCACUUUGGCAGAAGCCAUUCGAAGAACUCACAAUGGCGAAUCUGUUUCCUAUCUCUUUUCUCACGUUCCGGAGUAAAAGCAUGACAUUGUCAUCAUCUUGUUUUUUUCUUCAUUUUUUUUUCAUAGAGAAUUUUUGCACUUUAUAACUUUUUUCAUUCAAACUCAAAGAAAAUAAAAAAAAGCUAGUCAUUCCCUGUUUCGAGAGUCUGAGGAAUUUUCGAUCUACCGCAGCUAAGCCAGCAAAGGAUUCACCGUCCAAUGCAAGUCACACGGAAUCUCCCCUCUUUUUUUUUGUGCAGCAAGCAUUUUUUUUCGACAAAGCAU